AUGCUGCUGACAGAGAGCGAGCACAAUGAUCCUGCCUGGUGGUGGUGGAUAAGACUGCUGCUGGUAGUGAUCUAUUUUCUGGUGGCCUUCUGGAAGGCUUACCAGUACAGCAACUCUGUGAAAUUCUGGGACUUCGUCGACGACUUCCGACAGAGCUUCCAGCGCAAGUGGCUCAAGAAGCAGCUGACAUCCGUGCUCCCGGAGAUGAGCGAAAAUGAGAGCGACGGCGAUGCGAGGCUCGCAUCUGGAGCUGGUUAA